AUGUCGUACACAAAUAAUCAUCACAUUGAGGCCAACGCCGUGCAACGGGUGGCUAGUCUGCCGCUCUUCGACUCCGCCCUGAAAACUGUUGUUUCAGUUUACACGGGCGUAAAGGGCCGUUACCCGCUCCUGAGUGUGGUGGGGGGCGUGGCUGAGAUUAGGGUGCGUAAUGUGUCCCAGGCUGCCAUUCUCCGUGCCACCCCCCUCCUACUUAGUCUGGAGCCCCAGAUUGAGGUCGUCAAUAACUAUGCUUGUAUGGGCUUGGACCAGCUGGAAAAUAACUUUCCCGUCCUGCACCAGUCUACAGAGGAGGUAUUGGGUCACCUGAAGGAUGCCUUCUUUCUGACCCUGGAUGACGUGCAACUGCGUGUGAAUGAUGAGCUGGACGGCAUACAGGGGCGCUGGGACAAGCUGACCGAUGCCACCUGGUACUACCUCCUGGCUCUGCAGGAGUCACAGCUGGGUCAGAUGGCCACCUCGGGCCUGGACGACAUCCUCACGCGCUCAGAGGAGGCCAUGACCAAGUACAUGCCCCUGACGGCUACACUGCGCCUAGAGUGGGAGAGGAGGACACAGCAGUAUGAGGAUGAAGAUGGGGAGGAUGAGCCUGGGUUGUGGACGCGGUUCCGAGGCCUCCUGCUCUGUCUGAGCCUGCAGCUGUACCACCGCCUGCUGAAGCUCAGAAACAGGCUGGAGCGGGCCAUGGAGAUGCUACAGGAUGCUACCGACAGGUCUCAACUACAGGCCUCUUGCUUUACACUUAUCACGUCCUAG